GUUGAGAGACAAUCUAACAGUGCGUCUACCCUCCCCUGCCAUCUUAAGGAGGAUCUUCGACAGUUUGAGAGUAACUGUCAGUCUAUCGCAAAGUGUUUCAGCAGGGCGGUGUUACCCUCAGGACUUAAAGGCAGAGAAGGAUUCUUUGAGAAUGUCAAGCUCUCUGGUUGUGUGUGAAGUGGAUGAAAGUCUGAAAGAUAAACUGAAAAAGUUUAGAUUUCGAAAAGAGACCAACAAUGCUGCCAUACUAAUGAAAAUAGACAUGGAGAAACAACUUGUUAUUCUUGAGGAGGAAUAUGAGGACAUCUCACUGGAUGACUUGAGAAAUGAACUUCCAGAGCGGCAACCCAGAUUCAUUGUCUACAGCUACAAAUAUGUCCAUGCUGAUGGCAGGGUGUCUUACCCGCUGUGUUUCAUAUUUUCCAGUCCUGUGGGGUGCAAACCGGAGCAGCAGAUGAUGUAUGCAGGAAGCAAGAAUCGACUGGUCCAAAUUGCAGAGCUCACAAAGGUCUUUGAGACAAGAAACCCCGAUGAUGAUUUGACAGAAGAAUGGCUGAAGAACCACCUGUCAUUCUUUCGCUGAAUAUGCAUCUUCUAUAUCUCCAGAGCUUUCUUUGUUAAACAAGGCUGUCAAGUUUAAUGUCCAGCUGUAUGUAAUUAUUAAACAAAUUAACACAUGCAAUUGAGUUUUGUUAGUUCUGCCAUUAAAUAAGUCAUUUUAUAAAGUUUUUUUUUUUUUCAUGGAAAACUCUGAAGUGAACAUCUAAACAAAUGCUAUAAGAAAAUACUGAGGUUCCUAAAUAUUUUAAAGGGAGAAAAAGAAUAAAUUUUGACCACAGUUUGUUACAAAAUGUCAUUUGCAAUU